CAAUAGAAAUGGCCUCAUUUGGAAGGGGAAAAACAAGAACAAAACACGCCACGAAACAAGAAAUAGCGGGAAAGGUUCAGGAGAUCCAGAUGAGACAGAAGAAUUGGAUGGAACAGAGAGAGGCAGCCUUAAAACAAAAACCAACAUCUGCAACAAAAUCAGCAGAAAAAAUAGCUCCAUCCAAAAAUAGAACAUCCACCAAAGAAAACAAACCCUCUCUGACAGAAAAUUUAGGAUCCUCCUCCAACAAUCAAAUGCAUAAAGAGAGGUUUAAGUCUUGGCUGGCCAGUAGAGAGAGGAGAGAAGAGGAGGAUCUAAGAGAACGAGAGGAGGAUCUAAGGGAGGAGGAUGUCGAUAUACUUAGAGUCUCCAGUGCCAGGACACCUGGGUAUGCCAGUCCAGAGCCAGGAUGGGAGGAGACAUCAGGGAAUUAUAAAGACUACCAGCAAUCUAUGAUCAUGAGUCAGAUGAUGUCAGCGGAGGAUUUUGAUGCCAAGGCAGACAAUAUUCUGUCUCGUGUAAAAUAUGGACUGGACAAACAGGAUGGAUCAGGAGAUGAUAACAAUAAAGGGACCUCAGACCUGUCUAGUCAUUACUGUCCAAUCUGUAGAAAUAUAAUGAAGGGGGACCAGCAUUCACCUCUGAUCUAUGUUCCAUGUGGUCACAACACUUGUGUCUCCUGUUCUAAGGGUAGACAAAUCUGUCCAUGUUGUGGAUCCCAGGCUUCCUCUAAAACAAGGAAUAUCAUGCUCAUGCAGAUUAUAGAGGAAUAUCAUAAAAACAAGCAAAAAUUCAAAGAGGAGCAAAAUAGCAAAAUUGAAAGUAAUGAAUAUAACUCACAAAGCCUUGAAACAGCUCCAAGGAGAAAAAGAGGAAUCAAUAAAACAAAGUAUAGAGAAGAAUACGAAAAUCUGAAAAUGAGACAGGAAGUUCUAAAAGUAGAAAUUAAAGACAUUCAAGGUCAAAUAAACUCCUAUGUGAAGGAAAUUUCAGCCGGAGAAAAACAGGUUCUAAGUGUCAAACGAGAAGAGGAAAAGGUAAUAGGUCAAAUUCAAUCUCUACAGGAAAAACUUCGAGCCCUGGAACAGCACAGAGCUCAGUAUGAGACAGAUUGUGAGUGUACUCGACAAGCUCAGAAAGAAGCUCGGGAGAAGCUUCAUCAAACUCAGGACAUAUUAUUGACAGUUGAGAUACAGAUGGAAAAGGCAAGGUUAUUGGCUGAACAGUAAUCAUGGUAAUGGUAAUGGAAAAUGAACAUGAAAGUGACCAAUUUCUUAAGAUUUCUGGACAGUUUUCCUCUUCAGGUAUCCUGAAGAUUUUUGCACCAUUGGAAAAAAAUGUACACAGUUCCAGCUGUAACUACAUGUAUUAUUGUACUGGAAUCCUCUGUAGAAAGGGCCAUAACUCCCUCAGAUAAAGUUCUACUAUUAUUACAAAACGAAGUCAAGAUUGGAGACCAAAACUUUAGGUUAAAAAUGUAGAAGAGAUUCUCACAAUUAAGUGGAUAGCUAAAGGUGUUCAGUAGGGUCUGUAUCAAAAUUUGUAGACUUGAAAAAAAACCCAGCUCACCACUCACCAGCACAUCAUGAGAAUGCACAGGUAGAUUUCUAAAUCAGUAAUAAAUCUACCCAUGCAUUCUCACGAUGUGUUGUUGUUGUUUCUGUUUAUUUUUUUUCAAGUGUAUCAUUAUUAGUUUAUUUCAUUUUCAAAAAAUAUAUCAAUUGUCUUUUCAUAUACAUGUAUAUACUGAAGAGCAUUUCUUAAUUGAAGAAAAUUCUUUGAUUGACAGUCAGUUCAUUCUACUUGGUUUCACUCAGGAUA